UUCCUUAGCCGACUGUGACGGCUACGUUUUUUCAGUCAGAUCUCUUCACUUUCUCUCUCUACCUCUUUCUAUCUCUUAUCCCAAAUCGCUUGAUUCCGAAUUUCUCCAAUCUUCAGGUUUGUUGUAAUGGCAGAAUCAAAACCAGGUUUGAGGAAACCAGUAUUUACCAAGGUUGACCAGCUCCGUCCUGGUACUAGUGGUCAUACUCUCACAGUAAAGGUUGUUAGUACUAAAAUGGUUUUGCAGAAGGGUCGUGCUGAUGGUCCUCAAGUUCGUCAAAUGCGAAUUGCUGAAUGCUUGGUAGGGGAUGAGACCGGAAUGAUUAUCUUCACAGCUCGUAAUGACCAAGUGGACUUGGUGAAAGAGGGCAGCACAGUUAUCCUCCGCAAUGCUAAAAUUGACAUGUUCAAAGGUUCAAUGAGGCUAGCCGUGGACAAGUGGGGCCGUGUUGAAAUCACUGAACCUGCAGAUUUCACCGUUAAGGAAGACAACAACCUUUCUCUGAUCGAGUAUGAACUUGUGAAUGUUGUUGAAGAGUGAUCUUUAGAGACGGCAUUCCCUAUCUAUAUUCUGGCAAAGAAAUAAUAAAACAAAUCCAGCAAAGAUAGUACGGUUCUCUACGGGGCAUCUUUUUCUCCAAUCUCAUGAAAGUUCACUUUUAAGAAGAAAUCUGGAAGCUUAGUUACUACCCAGUUGCUUGUUACCUCUGCAGCAGAAUCUGGUGGAUCUUUUGUUGGAUCUCCACCUCCAAAAAAAUAGUGAUGGUAAGUAUAAAAAGGAGCUGGCUUUUGGAUUGGCUGUCUGUUUAUUAUUACCUAUUUAUUUCCCGACAGUACAUUACAAGUUAAUAUGAAACGAAUGUUCUCUGCAUAACUCGAUAUGAUUUUGCCUUAUCUGAAUACUAAUGUCCUUUUGCUUUUAACUUA